AAAUCCCAGAUAUUUUCAAUGAUACAAAUUUUUCGCCACCUUUUAACAAUGAAGAUAGCGAUAGUACUAUUAAUAUAAACCCUUGUUUAUCGUAUUCCAACCAGAUAGAUGAUGAUAUUGUUGUAAAUACAGACCUUCCAAUGUUUACUGAACAUAACCACGAAGAUACAAGCAGCUUAUCGCUUUUUGAAAAUGACAAUAAUCCCAGUAAUAUAGAUGCUUCUAGUUAUCAACAUACCCUUCAUCGAGGAUUUGAAUACCAAGUUUUCCGUAAUGACAAAGAUUCAAAUAAUCCUAGUAUUACUCGUCGCAAGUCCUUUCACUAUUCAUCAAGUGGUACUUAUGAGUCUCGGAAAGCAAUUAACCAAAAUUCACAUCGUAUACGGGGCACCACAAAAAUGAAUUGUAAAUGGUAUUGUACCUUUACACUUUCAAAAACUGCACAUCAAGUGAAAUGCACAACAUUAAAAGAUAAACAUAAUCAUGAAGUGAUUUCCGCCCAAGUAUUUGAUAUUAUUGCUAGAUAUCGACGUCUUAGCGAAGAAAUGAUACAAGACAUCAAGUUUUUUUUAGAUUGUAAAGUAGCGCCCAUGACUCAAUUAGAGAUGCUUAAAAAGAAAUAUCCACAACAUGUAUUUCAUAAGCAAGACGUAUAUAAUACAAUUUAUAAAUUACGUAAGGAUAACGAUGAAAGGCUUGAUUCUGUUUCAUUUCUUGAUAUUCUUUUUGAAAAAAUGGCUCAAGAUCCGUGCUGGAAAGUAUUUAUCCGACAUUCUGGUUCUGAACGUCGAUUAUCAGGUGUUUUCUGGAUGUCUCCCUCCCAACAAGAGUUGUACCAGCAUUUUUCUGAUAUAGUGCUUAAUGAUAAUACAUGCAAGACAAAUAAAUACAAUAUGUAUCUUAGUGUUUUUAUGAUAAAAGACAAUUAUGGAAAAUUUCGAAAUGUGGCAAAUGCACUGGUUGAAGAUGAACUUUCUUCAACAUAUGUCUGGAUUUUACAAUGUUUAAAAAAAGCCACGGAUAAUAUAGUUUCAAAAUCUUUUUGGACCGAUGCUGAACCUGGCUUAAUUAAUGCAGUAUCACAAGUUCAAACUUCAACAAGUUUAGUCAGGCUUUCUAUUCGUGUCGAAUUUAUAAUAAAGACAUUUCCAGAAUAUGAGCGGUAUAUGUCCAAAAAGUUGUAUGCAAAUAGGUCUAGUUGGGCCAGGGCUUACACACCAUUCCAAUUCAAUGCUGGCAUUCAGAGCACACAGAGCAUUGAAUCGUUUAAUAAUAUUAUUAAAAAAUCCCUCAAUAGUGCUAGUACACUUUGUAAACUAGAAGAAGCAAUUGAUAAAAGGCACGAGCAAGAAAUUAGAUACUGCAAAUUAGUGGAUAUUAAAGUGCAGUAUAUAACAGUUGGACUUCCAUAUAUUUCUUCUCAAUUUUUUUCAGCUGUUGAUAAUGUGCUUGUCAAUUUUUUGACACCACUUAUAUUAUCCUUACAACGAUUUCAAAUCUCUCAAUCUUUUACUUACGAAGGACAAAGAGAACAUAUGAUAUCUGAGAACUUAUGUCUCGAUACUAUAGAUGAUAAUUUUAUAGAGGAUGUGGUUGAUGAACCACAAGCAACUUUAAAAGCUAUUUUAGAUCAAGUACUUGAAAACUCACUAUCUCUGACAGCAAUAGAAUCAUCCAUAGAUACUACAAUUCAAGUGAACUUAAAUCUUCAAAGUUUAAGAAAUUUUCAAGGUUCUAACUAUGGUACAAGUGUUCAAAAAAUUACUUCUCAAAGAAAUAGAUUUGGAGUCGCUUUUUUAACAGCUAAAAUCGCAAUUAACGUCGCUUUGGAAACUAGAAGUGAUAAUGAAUUAUUUCAAAUACUAAAGGACUUUAUUUCAGCUAAACAUUUAAUUGGACAAACAAAUGAUCCACAUGUUACAAAAAUUCGAGGUGCGCCUAGUAAAAAAAAGAUUAAAAGAAUGAUAGAAAUGCCAAAGAAAAAUGUUCGGCAAGAAAUUACAAACCAAAUCAAUAAUACGCAAAAAAAUUGUGCUGAUGAAACAGGACUUAGGCCACAACGCAAAUGCUU